AAAAUGGUCAUUUUGAUACAUGACCAAGUAAUAUUUAAACCUCUAUUUUUUUUUUUUUUUUUUUCUUUUCUCCAAUAUUGAAUCAAUUGAGAACAGAAGCGGCAACCUCCUUGGUUUUGACUUGUGAGCAGAUAAUCAAUGGAGCUUUGCUUGAUGCUUCAAUGGUGGAACGCACGUCUUCAAGUAGUGUCUCUCCACUUCCUUCGUCCUUCUCCUUCUCUAUAUGAACCUCCACAAUCCUCCCCGAUCCACACACCGGCUUUUACAGACACAAAAAGCUCAAGAUGGGACCUCUAUUACGGCUGACAAUGGCGGCUUCAGUUCUAAUCGGCUGCAUCAACAUCAUAGCAGCGGCAAACGAAGCCAACGACGUCAUUCAUAUCGGCGGCAAAGUUCUCUGCCAGGACUGUACUCAGGGCUGGAACGAGUGGAACAAUGGAAAGCCUCUCAAAGAUUGUAAGGUGUCUGUAACGUGUUUGGAUGAGAGAAGCAGAGUGAUGCAUUACGCGAGCGAUUUGACGGACGAAUUAGGGCAAUUUGAUAUCGCAAUCGCCAAGUUCAUUCAUGGAAAGAAAUUGAAUCCGAAGAAAUGCUCGGUGCGGCUCGUUUCGUCUCCGGAUCCGACUUGCAAUAUCAUGACCGAUUUCGCCGGUGGCCGCUCCGGCAUUCAACUCCGGGGACCGAGCUUGGUGUAUCGCGAUUUCGUCAAGUACGUUCUCGGACCAUUUUACUUCACUUCGCCUAUGUGCGAGGAACCUGAUACAGAUGGUUCCGAUGAUAACGAUGGAAAAAAUUACUGAAACUCAUCGGUUUCUUCCCCCUUUCUCGACGGGAAGUGAAAUUUUCCUUUUGUGGAUUCGAAAUUGCUGUUACUGAUCUUUGUGAAUGAAUGAAAAUAUGGUUAUAAACUUGUGAUUGAAAACAGAACCUGAUUAUUGCAUCACUCAUAAAUCAAU